GAAAGUUUUAUCAGAACUAAAAAUUUCUUAAUUAAUACAAACACUUCUCCUGUGACUAUCCCUCUCUCUCUCUCUCUCCACUACCAAAUCUCACUCGCCCCUCACCUACUCUCUCAAUCCUGAUAGCAUUUCCAGGGAAAAUGCAGAAUAAUCCACCAGAACCCCAUUUUUGGUUGUCCAUUUCUUGCUCAGUUUGUUGAGGUUUCACCAAUUUAUCUUGGUUUUGCAGGUUGUAGCCAUGAAACCCACUACUUUUAUUUCCAGUUUCACGUGAAAGCGUCAAAACCCAAAUUGUUUUUUCAAGAGGCAAUGUGAGGAAACAGCAGAAACAGGACUUUUUUUCCUCGCAUAAUGGUGGCUGCUAUACCUCAAGCAGUGGCUUCUUCCACUGAUAAUCCCCAGAGACCCCCACUAUUGCCUUCUGAGAAAGAUCAACAAAACAAUGGUGGUCAUGUUCCAGCAAGAAAACCCAGAGGAAAACAAGUCCCUUCUAGAUAUCUUUCUCCUUCUCCUUCCUCUUCUACUACCACAACAACAACUACUACAACCACUAGUACAAUUUCUUCUUCCUCUUCCUCUUCAUUUUCUAAGAGAUUCCCUUCACCCUUAAUUUCGCGCUCCACAAAUUCUGGCGCAGCACAUACUCCAUCCUCCUUUUCUUCUUUUUCGGGACCCAAAAGAUCCCAAUCUGUAGAUAGAAGACGGUCAGUGACUCCAAGGCCAACAACGCCGAACCCUGAGUCUAAACAAGGCAAUGCCACUGAAAUGUCAGCUGCAACAAGGAUGCUGAUCACUUCUACAAGGAGUUUAUCGGUGUCUUUCCAAGGGGAAGCAUUUUCACUCCCGAUUAGCAAGGCUAAGGCUGUGAGUUCACCAAAUGUGGGUAGAAAGGCCACUCCAGAGAGGAGGAAAGCGACUCCUGUGAGAGAUCAGGGGGAGAAUUCGAGGCCUCUGGAUCAGCACAGGUGGCCGGGGAGGAGUAGAGAAGGGAAUUUGGUUUCGACGGAAAGAAACCCGUUGUUGUCUAGGAGUUUGGAUUGUAGCGCUGGAGAUAAGAGGAUUAUGGGAUCUGGGUUGAUGAUGGUUAAGUCAUUGCAGCAAUCAAUGAUGAUUGAUGAGAGGAGGUUGAGCUUGGAUUUAGGCAAUGCUAAGCAAAACCCAGAUGCCAAUUGGGUUCAUGAUUCUUCUCUUGCUGGUGAUCUCACUGCAUCUGAUAGUGACAGUGUUUCCUCUGGUAGCACAUCAGGACUGCAUGAAUUAGGUGGUGGGAUUUCGAAAGGAAAAAGUGGGGCUCGUGGCAUUGCUGUUUCUGCAAGGUUUUGGCAAGAAACUAAUAGCAGGUUGAGGCGGUUACAGGAUCCCGGUUCACCAUUAUCUAUUAGUCCUAGUUCCAGAAUGGGCAUUUCAUCAAAGACCAUUCAAUCAAAAAGAUUUAGUACUGAUGGUCCUAUGGCAUCUCCCAGAACAAUUGCUUCUUCACCUAUUAGGGGAGCCACGAGGCCUGCGUCGCCUAGUAAGCUUUGGACACCUUCAGCUUCAUCUCCGUCAAGAGGGAUUUCCAGUCCUUCAACGGGAAGACCCAUAAGCAGUAAUUCGAGUAGCAUGCCUUCAAUUCUUAGUUUCUCUGUUGAUUUAAGGAGAGGGAAGAUUGGGGAGGAUCGAAUUGUUGAUGCACAUGUGUUGAGGCUUCUGUACAACCGUUACUUGCAAUGGCGGUUUGUAAAUGCAAGGGCAGAUGCUACCUUCAUGUUGCAGAGACUAAAUGCAGAGAAAAAUUUGUGGAAUGCAUGGGUAACAAUCUCAGAACUACGGCAUUCUGUCAUUCUUAAAAGAAUCAAGUUACUGUUGCUGAGACAGAAGUUGAAGCUGACUUCUAUCCUCAAAGGCCAAAUUACUUAUUUAGAAGAAUGGUCUCAUCUGGAUAAGGAUCACUUUACCUCUUUGGAAGGAGCAACUGAAGCUUUGAAGGCCAGUACUCUUCGUCUUCCAAUUGUUGGAAAAGCAAUAGUUGACGUUCAAAAACUUAAGGAUGCUAUUGGUUCUGCAGUCGAUGUGAUGCAAGCAAUGGCAUCCUCUGUAUGCUCACUAUCAUCAAAGGUGGAGGAAAUCAAUUCCCUGGUGGCUGAAAUUGUGAAUAUGACAGCGAAAGAAAAAUAUUUUCUUGAACAAUGUAAAGGUUUCUUAUUGACAUUGGCAGCCAUGCAGGUUAAGGACUGUAGCUUGAGAACGCAUAUAUUACAAUUAAAUCGAUUACGGACUACCAGCAACCUGACAACACGUGUGUAGAACUGAUCUCACUUGACCACUCACUCUAAAAGCUAACAUUACACAGAACCUCUUCUUUUUCCACAGGAUGGAGGUGCACUGGAGGUAAUAAACUCGGAUUGAAUUAGCAAGUUUUGGCUUAUUCACAUUUGGAUUUUUUGAACCAGUUGUGGUCUUCCAUGUAAUGUUUCGAGUAUCUUUGUGUACGAAAACGAAAGUUGGCAUUUCUUCCUACUAAUUAGCUGUAUACAAAGAGAACACACUCUUUUUGGCUUUUCAGGCAAAAGGAAGUAAUGUAUUUGUAUAUAUAAAUAUAUAUAUAUGUGUAACGUUCAUGGCUUAUCUGAUCACUGAUUAUUGUUAUUAUUUA